CUCAACUCUCCUACUCAUAAAAGAAGCAGGAGCCGGUCGGGAUGCUCGCAGAUCCUGGGGCACGCGGAGAGCGGACUACAGGGGAGCUGCUGCUGCUGCUGCUGCUGCGCUGCGUUCCAGUCCCUCAGCCCGCGGCCACGAGACCGAGCUGCUCCUCCAGCAUCAAACACCGACAGGAGGAAAAGCCGACGAACAGCCCGGAGCAGGUGGCACUGAUCCGUCGGGACCAUGGCCCUCUCCUGGACUCUGCUCCUGGCCUUCCUCUUCGCCGCCCUGGUUCUGGCUCGCAGCGCCGAGCCCGGCUCCCCUCGGGGCAAACGGAGACUGGCUCAGACCUCAGCAGGUGGCAGCAACACCCUCCAGUACCCCCCCCACGGGCCACAGGGCCACGCCUACAGCAGGGCCCGCGGGAGGCACGAGGCCCAGGGCGCCAAAGGGGCCCGGCCCCUCCUCCACAGGUCGCUGCACCCCCUGGCCCGGCCCGAGGAUGACGGCACCGGCCUGGAGGGCAUGAGUCCGGUGAGACUGGAGAUGGGCCCGGGCCGGGAAAGAGACAGGGCCCGGAUGGGCGCGAAGAGUCCGUCGCAGAACCACCUCCUGGGGACGGGAAAGGGGAGGGGCCACGGGCACCACUCUGAGCCCCGGAGACAAGGGGGUCGACACAAGAGCCGACACGCGAAAGCGUUCCCUCUGGAGCCUGAGCUCAGCUCCGCUCUGAAGGACAGAGAUCUGCUGGAGGAUCCUCCCUUCUCCUUCUCCUCCGCUGCCUCCCCUUCUCACAGCGUGACACCGCCCAGUGAACCCACCUCCCCCAUGUUUGGCUCCGGCUCCUCAAUGGUUGCCACGGUGAUGAACGAGCAUCCCCCAACACUGCCCCCGGCCUCCACCAAACCCCAGCGCUCCGGCCGUGGAAAAGCGCAGGGCGAGGUGAUGCCGACGCUGGACAUGACGCUCUUUGACUGGACAGACUACGAGGACAUGAAACCCGUGGACACCUGGCCGUCAUCCAGGAAGAAAGACAAGCGGCGCAGUAAGAACCUGAGCAGCGGGAACGCGAGCGCCGACGCCGACGCCGUGGAGCCGUGCGACCACCACCUGGACUGUCUCUCCGGCUCUUGCUGUGACCUGAGGCUCCACGAGUGUAAACUCUACAACCGAGGCCUGAACAACAAAUGCUACGACGACUGCAUGUGUGAGGAAGGUUUCCGCUGUUACGCCAAAUUCCACCGGAAGCGGCGCGUGACCAGGAGGAAGGGGCGCUGCGUGGUGCCAGAGUCGGUGAGCAGCGACCACGGCGGCUUUAUCACUAUAUGAAGACGAGGCGGAACCGGAACCGGGAGACGUUAGACAGGACGCUCGCUGAAGCCGCCGCUUAAAGGUGACGGCUGUUCAGAUCCAUUCCUGCUGUGAAACGAUCCCACGAAGCCACUCAGUUGUCACCUUUAAGCGCUUCAUCUGAGCUUGUUUGGGAGGUUUGUUAUUGUUCCAUCCGACCAGGCUCAGAAAUGAAGAGAUUUGGUUUUGAUUGAUCUAAAAGCGUCUCAGCAUCGCUCGUACGUCUGAUCGUCUCCAUCUCGUUGACCACACGCAAAUAUUGUUUACAAAUCAUUUUUAGCAUUUAGCGUAAAGUCUCCAGCGCCGGAGAGGAACCUCCACCACCUAAAAGUCAUUUGUAAAUGCUGUUUGAAUGCGUCUGCUGCCGUGUUGUAAAUAUAAAUGUGUUGGAACAGCUUUUUUUUACAGGCCGCAUCACUCGAUGUUCUUGGUAGUUUGAUAAAAGGCCAUUGUUUGACAUCCACAUAUGUUUUAUUUAUGCUGUAAUUAAGCAAAUUGUGUUCCCCUGCUUCCUUUGUUUUCAUGAUUAAAGACUUACUAGGAUAAACCA